UAGUUUGCAGCCCCUAAACCAAAUCCGCUCCCGCUCAGUUUGCCUUUUUCGAAUUGGAAACUCCCCUACCAGGCUGCAGCCCUACUCUCAGGAUUUCGAUGAGGCAAUGAAUGAAUGAUCCCAAUCUGACCCCAUCAAAACAGAAAGAAAUGCCUCUCCAGACUCUCGAUCCAGAUCCGCUGGAGGGCUAUACGGGUCUCUCGCUCUUUGCUCGAACCUUCGCUUCCCUUCCAAACCCUCCUCGACCUUACGACCCCGACGAUCUUCAACACUCCCACCAUUUCCUCAAAUCCAUGCCAUUACAAAGUCCUAAUAAGCUUCUAGAGCAAGCCAAAGCUAUUGUAGAUGAUAGUUCAGAACUCGUGAACUUGGAUACGUCAAGCUCUGAUGCUAACGUUAAGGACAAUCUUCGAGAACGACGACCGGCUUUGGGCCGUAAACGAGCUCGUUUUUCUUUGAAACCUAGCUCAAGUCAGCCUACUGUGAGUUUAGAACUGAGUUUAGACAUCGAUAAAUUGAAAGAUCCGGAAGAAUUUUUUAUGGCUUUUGAAAGGGCUGAAAAUGCCGAAAGAGAAAUACAGAAACAGACAGAUGGCGUUCUGAUGGAUUUGGAUCAAAAUAUUCAGUCCAUGGCUGCACGGCCUCGUCGCCCCGGAAUAUUGCGGAGAUCAGUUAAGUACAAACAUCGCUAUUCUACUGCUAUGUCCCCUAUAGAAAACUUUGAAGAGGAAAUUAUCAGUCCACUUGGCUGCUUGCAACAAGAAGAAUCUGACCCAAAUGUUGAAUUACAAGAGAAAGAGUUGGCUGGCUUAGUGACCAACGCUGAGAAGAAGGUUAAUGAACUUCUGGAUCAUUUGCUUACCAGUAAUUAUGAUAAGGAUGAGGCAGUCAGUCUUUUACAGGAGCGCUUGCAGAUCAAACCUAUUAAUCUGGAGAAAAUAUGCCUUCCUGACUUGCAAGAUAUUCGGAGGAUUGAUUUGAAGGCUUCUAGAGAAAGCCUGGCCAAACCUCGAAAUUCAAUAUCUGACAUACAAAGUAUGAUGAAAGGGAUCAGUAAAAGAACACCAAAACGACAGGCCGAAAGUUCAGUUCAUCAUUUAGCUUCUUGCGCUCCACCAAGAAGUCCAUUGGCUUCGAUAUCAUUGCUGAAGAAACAGAUGCUGCAGUCAGAUGUACUAAGUGAUCCGUUUUCAACUGAUGAUAUUGACCGAUCGCCAGUGAGAAAUGCAUCUCCUAUUGGAAGUAUUAGUAAACAAUCUGAUCAGGUUGAUACACAAAAGGAACUAAGCGUGUCUCACAACAACAAUAGUAGAACACUGCAACAACAGGCUGAAAGUUCAGCUCAUCAUUUAGCUUCUCCUACUCCUCCAAGAAAUCCACUGGCUUCAAUAUUAUUACAGAAGAAUCAAAUUUCGCAGUCAGAUCCACUAAGUCACCCUUUUGCAACUGAUAAUAUUGACCAAUCACCAGGGAGAAAUGCAUCUCUUGUUCAUGGUAUCAAUAAACAAUCUAGUCAGGUUGAUAUGGAAAAGGAGCUGAACAUGUCUCACAUGUUAAGGUCUCCAAUAUUAGAAGCAAAUCAAACUGAAACUGCUAAUGCAAGUUCUGAGCUCAAUGGAAGAGACUUUGCUGGUCUGUUUGACAAAUUUGUAAAUGAUAAUGCAAGGAGGUUUAAUUCUGGUAGUACUGUUGUCUCAAGCGGAUCUCAGGCUGACUUGGAGAGUAACAGUAUAAUUAUGCCUGAAACUGAUGCAGAUAGUCAUACAAUCAAACUAAAUGAAUUCAGUCUGGAAGAUAUAUCACCGGAAGCAGUUGCUUCUUCUCAGACCCAACUUAAUGUGGAAGGCCCAACCAUUGAUAAUUCACAUAUCAUUCAGAGAGAGCCAGAUGAAUCUAAUCCUGCUAUGGUUGAGGGCUGCACAAUGGAUGGAUCUCUGAAAACAGCAGAAAGUGGUCAAGAGCUGCAUGAGCAACACAACAAGGGCAAAACAAAACCAUAUCCACGCAAUGAAUGUAAGAGGAAAGCACUUUCUCGGAGACAAAGCCUUGCAGGUUCUGGUACAACAUACAAUGCCGAAGGGAGGAGACGGAGCACUAGGAUCAAGUCAAGACCUUUGGAAUUCUGGAAAGGUGAAAGAUUCUUAUAUGGACGCAUACAUUCAAGUUUGGCAACUGUAAUUGGGAUAAAGUACGAGUCUCCAGCGAAGCCUGAUAGUAGAAACCCCACUCUCAAAGUAAAGUCUUUUGUAAGUGAUGAGUACAAAGAUCUGGUUGAACGGGCUGCCAGGUUUUGAGAUGGUUGUGAUUGUUGUUUAUGGAGUGGGCACAAUGUGCAGUGAGUGGAGCAUCCUUUGAUGAUCUGAGCAAUUGUUGCUUUUCUGGAUUUAUGCAUGUUAUGCAUUCAAUGUGUAGUAGGGAUAGGGAUAAUCUUAUUCCAUGAGAAUUUUAUGAUCAUGGAGAGCUGAAGCUUGACAUUUAUGUGACUUAAUAAUGACUACAUUUCCUAUUUUUGUUUUGAAUUUUUCUUUGUAGCAUUGAGGUGGUCAAUUGGGGCUUUGCUUCGUAUGGAAGAGAGAUCCAAUUCUGACUUUAUUUUCGCAUCGCUACUUCUUUCUUUGAUUCUUUCCUCAGAAACAGGUGAAUUUAAAUGGAACAAUGUAGUGUA